AGUGCCACGCCGAGCGGCGGUCCGAGGCGUGUGACGGCGUGUCUGGACGCCCGGCGCACCUGGGUGAGCGGCGCACGGGGUCUUUCUCCACCACCACCACCACAACCACACAACCACAUAACCACAGGGACCGGCGAUGAAGGGGCGACUCGCGCUGCUGUCGGCGUGCCUCGCGCUAGCAGGUGCCAGCGCAGCUCUUGACCGAGCCGAACUGACAGACGACUUCAGCAGCUAUGCUAGUGGCGAUACUAAGAGCGAGCCCCUGGAGGCGAGGUUCCAGCGCGAAGAACCAUCCACGCCCCUGGAGCGCCCAGCCAAGCGAGCUGGCCAGCCGGAGUACGUGGGCGGAGACCCGCAGCCCGAGGCUUGGCCCUUGACGGCCACCAGUCCCACGACGCCCAUGUCCGCGGCGGGCGGCGGCGACGAGGAGGAGGAGGAAGAGGACGAACAUCCAGACGAAGAAGAAGGCGACAAGGAGGACGAGGACGAAGAAGAAGGCGACCAGGAGGACGAAGACGGGGAGAGCUACGCCGAAGAAGCGCCGGAGACGACGCAGACACCCGGGGGUCGGGAGACGCCUUCGACCGCCGGACCCCCGUCGUCAAACGUCGGCAACAGCAGCGGCUCCCGCCAGCAGCUGGUGGACUCGGUGGACCCGGGCGCCGACGAGGACCUCCUGGAGCUGAUGGUGAGGAUCGCCGAGAGCCCCGCGGAGUGGCGGCGCGUCCACAACACGCUCCAGGCUCUGGACCGAGACCUCGCCGCGUCGCGGAGCGUGGUGGGGCAGGUGACGAAGAGGAGGGGCCUCGACGCCUACGCCAUGCUCCGCGGGGAGAAGCCGGACGAGGCGAGGCAGGUCAGCGACAGCGACAGCGACAGGCGGAGGGCUGAGCUGGAGCGGGCCGGGAUACUGCCGGUCAGCAGGGCGCGGGAGCAGGCCCCCGCCGCCAAGCCGGGAGCGAAGCAGCGGGAGAAUCCCCCCAGGAACCGGUGGCCGGGGAAGACCUGGCCCGGCCUGAGGACCGACAAGCACAAGACCGCCGACGGAGCGAAGCACGGCAAGAGCAGGCCCGAGGACAGCCGGCAGCACGGGAGGGUGGUGCUGACCAAGCCGGAGGUCGGCGGCGGUGCCCGGGAGCCGCUGAGGAGGUACUUCGACGACGAGGGCCGUCACGGGAGGGUGGUGUACCAGGCGGGCGGCGACGACUGGUCACAGAUGGUCAACCGCAACAUGGACAUGGGCCGCACGACGGACCGCCGGCAGCACAGCCUGAAGAUGCUGCGGCAGCACGGCUGGCUCAAGGCCAGGCUCCCCGGAACGACGAAGCACCCUGAGAGAAAGUGGCCCGCGUUCCCAAGCGAGGACCUGGCGGCGUGGCCGGCGCCCAAGCCGGCGCGCCAGUGGCCGCAGUUCAGCUACCACCGGGUGACGUCGGACCCGCGCGAGCUGGCCAGGCAGCGGAGCGCCUUCGUGGCGGUGUCGGUGGUGAGCCCGGCGCUGGCGGGCGGGAACCGGUCCGGCGAGGCGGCCCGGGCGAGCGACCCCUUGGAGCAGCAGCUGCUGCAGCUGACGGCGCGGCUCGCGGCGCCCUGGAGCCACGUGCGCCACCUCGACAGCAUCAAGGAGCAAAUGAAGACCAUGUCGAAGAUGAAAGAGAAGCUGUGGCGCCACUGGCUGGAGAGGCAGAAGAUCCUGAGGGAGAACGGCCCUGGUUUCCCAAGGUCUUCCAGGGACGUCGCCCCCACCACCUCGCAACCCGGCAGCCGGCAGUAAAUGGUCUCCCCCCCCCCCCCUUUCCCCCCAUCCCGUGGAAGUCUACUGCUAAGACGAACUUCACUGUCCUCUGGGAUCCAAGUGCCGCAGUGGUUGUGUCCCGUUUCCAAAAUUUAACCAUUUCCGGAGCAGUCGUCUUUGAGGUGGGUGUCCAACAUGUCAUUGAGCACUUGAAUAGCUGGGUUGGAAUAAACUCAUCGGUAAAAAAAAAACACUUGUAUUUACAGCACAGUCUAAUAACUAGACUUAAUUACUUCCCAAGUCCACACUUCGCAUACUAGGCAUUUUGCUAACAAAAAUAAAAACUGCGUGUUUGUUUGCUAAGAAACGCAUAAAAAAUAUCUUGUUUAAAUUACAAUUUCUUUUGGGCUGAUAUUGUCGACAAAGAGUAUUUUGGGGUUUGAAUACCUGCACAGAUGAUGUGAGCUAAAUGUGUAUGUACUAAGGAUGGGUAGGUCCCGGUUUUCAGCAAAUUAACCGUCACAGCUAGUACUUUCCCCGUUAAAACGCUGUGGUACAUUAUCGGCGACCAACACGCACGCAUCUUUUUCACUUAACUCCAAGCUCCAGGUGACAAGUGAAUGGUUCAUAAAUCUUUGAAAAAGGGCAGUCUCCCCCUCCCUACCUUCACUCACUUGCACUCGCUCGCCCGCCCACAUGAAAAGAUACCGCGGCAGGAAGUGUCCGAACGUAAAAAAAAACAAGUUUUUGCGAUUUAUCAGAUCCCCCCCCCCCCUUUCUUUUUUUUGGUCCCUCUUUUCAUUAGCAGACAGGGAUGACCAUUUCAACUAAAAAUAGACAUAAAGAAAAAUAACAUUGACUCAACAUACUUCUAAAACUUAUCAGAAAAGUAAAAAGACAUUUUAAAGUUGUCUUUCAGCACUUAAAAAAAAAAUUCUUCUAUCCACUUGCCCCACCUCUAAAAGCCAAGGCCACAAGAUCGAUACUUUACACUGUCUGUCUCAUUCCCCCAGCACUGGCUGGCAGAGUUUUUCCAUCACUCCCUCCCCUUCACCAAUAGAAUGUUUUGGACACCAAAUUAGUACAAAUGGUACACAUCACAGCCCAAUGACAGGGUACAUGUGGGAAACCAAAAAAUUCCCCGCUGGCUCAGUUACAUCUCAAAACGCACAAAAGAUUUUUUGGAUUAGGUCCUUAAAACAUAGGGAGAAACUCUUGAGUGAUAAUGCCUUCUUGGUGUUUAAAGGCUGGAAAGCAGUCCAGCAUGUAGGCAAGUUCUAGGGCGCCUACCUGCUUCUUGCAGCAACACCCCUAAUAUAAUAAAUAUUCAACAUGUAUUCUUUUGAAUACGACAAAAUUUUGACCUAUGAGCAACAUGUCUGUACAGUUGGUUCAAACCUAGUAUAAUCUUGAAUAUCCCAUGGUACCUUAUCAAAUCAUCAGUGUGCUAUCAGAGACUACAUAACAAUAGUAUCAUUAUGUUUUGUAACUACAUAAUUGGUGCCCUCAAUGAAUACCUUUCCUCCUUGCCAGUAGAACAAACAGGAAUUUUUUUUUUUAGGUCGAGAAAAAAAAUUAAAAUUUGAACGCAUGUAUGCAAAAAAACUUACUUGACUAUCAACACUAACGCACCGACAUAUGGGCUUACAGUAGAUGUGGUUUCUCUCGCAGUAACAUACUGUAUUAACUCAUAUGUUGAAAUUUUUUCAUAACGUCAGACUACUGAUCCUUGCAUUGUGAAUGCUUGUGCAAUCCUCUAAAAUGUUCAAGGGGAACUAUUCAAAAUAAUUUAAAAAUCUGCAGCUGUCAAUUUGGCUCAGAACUUCCAAAAUUUGAAACAAUCAACUCACAUUUUUAAUAUUACACUAUUUACAAAUUUUAUCAUUGCAAAGUUAACACUAAUUCAAAAAAUAAAAAUAAUCCAUUUUAUGCUUCAGCCCAAACUGAAAAUAUACUGAGCCGCGGAGAUGGACAAGUAUAAUUAUAAAGUUUUAGUACACCACCCAACGGCCAAUUCCCGAACUACAUUGCUUUUCAAGUCAGGACUGGCAGGCCUAUAACUUUGACGCACAUGCAUUAUCUAAAAACAAAACACACGAAACAUUACCCUACUUAACCCCACAUUGCAAAACAUUAUGGGAGAACAUGAAAACUGAACCACAAAUGAAUUCAUAUACAUGUAAAUUAUCAAUAUAGGUAUUUUGUAAUGUGAAAUUUGUGUGAAAAGAGUUAGGUACCACACGUCUAACAAAAAUUGUCUCAAUACCUUUACAAAAGUGUACUGUAAUUACAGUUUUUAGCAGGUGAUCAAUUAUCAACCCUCCCUCCCCCCCCCCCCCCCCCCCCAUUUCUUUAAAGAUAAUUGAUGCAACAGUAACAAGUUAAUAUUUCUAGACCAUAUUAAAAUGACACAAACAUGGAUACAAGGCUCAUUCUAUUGGUAGGUUCAUGCACCAUGUGCAUGUAAGUACGAGUACCAAAAUUAAAUCAAGCUCAAUGCUAUGUCAUUCUACUUUCGGCAAACCUCAUUUGCACAUGGUCUGAAGCACAAGCAAUUCAUGACCUGACAUGUUUAUUUGGUUAACAGCCAAAUGCAUACUUAUCAAGUGUAAGCAUGUACCAAGAUGAUUAUUGAAAUGACAAAUAAAAAUUCAGGGUAAGCUACAAAUACCUAGUCAACCAAUUUCAGAUCUUAAGGAACUUUCAAUAAAUAUUUUUUUUUUUACAGUUGUCAUAUAGUACCCACAAAUUAACAUAGAUAUAAUUCAUAUUAUCAUUAGCAAGAACACGUCAGUUUUUGUGUUGAGAGAAUUACAUUGUUUAAAUUUAAAAACCUUUUCUUUUUGUUAUUUAAUAACUAAGAACUUAAGAAGGCAAAAUAUGAGUUAGCAAAAGGUUGCAACUUCCAGCACCUUUACUGUUUUUUUGUGUCCUGUCCUUUCGUUAUAUUUUUGUUACUUCCCUAGCCUGUCAUAAUGGGAAUUUCAUAUAUAUAACCAUAUAGUGAAGUAUUUUAAAUCUUGUGUAGCGUUUAUUACAGAAAAAAAAGCCAAAUCAGUGAACAGUGGCUACUCCAUUACAUUCUUGAAAGUACGAAACAACAAAUGGUGAAUAUGUACAUCCGUGCCUUCAUGAAAGUUAUGUAACAAAUUGCGGGUAUGGAUGUUCGUUUUUCCUCUGAGAAACGUAACGCACCCUAAUUCAUCAGGGAGGCCCUUGCUUAGUUUGUGUGGCCAUACACAAAAUAUGCCAUUGUUACGCCAAACUUAAUUGCCUACACAAGGCUUUAGAAGGUUCUCAGCUUAGCUUGUGAAACCUGAUUAAUUAAAAAUAAUAAUAAUAAAGCCGUAGAUACCAGAUUUCAAGACUUGGAAUGGCAUUUAAUUAUAGCUUUCCAAAAUUUUGUUGAGCAGUUAAAAUAUUUAUAUAGUAAUAGUAUCUAACUUGUAACAAUCGGGGACAAAUAUUUAAAAUUAAUUUUAAUGUGUGACUUCCAAGUUGAAAAUUGUAACACUAGCUAAACAAGAACGCUUUUGAAUUUUAGUAAACCAUUAUUCACACCCUAUAAUGCUCUAACCAAACAUGACUUACUUCCAUAAAUUUUACUACCUGAAUCUUUUGCUUAGUUAGCAAUUAUUCACACAAUCAUCCAUAUAAUUUUCCUUGCAUCCCUAUAGCAAACACAUGGGAAUAGAGUGCUUAAACUAGAACCUAAUGCUAAAUAAACUGUACACGAAUUAAAGAUUCACUUAAUUUAUAUACCUACUAUACCGGUUUUAUAAGAAAAUGUAACUACAUAAUGUUUGUAUCAUUAACUUGUAAACUGUAAUGCACAUUCAGUAUGCUGUGUAAAAAAAAAUGUUACAUGUUUUAAUUAUUAACUGUGUAUUGUACUUGGCCAUGGUAAGCAUAAUGACAUCUAUAAUUAUAUACUAUUAUCCUUAAAAUUUCAUAGAACUUAAUUUUCAUUCAACACAUCUGUAGUAAUAUGUAGAUUACUUGAUGAAGACGUAUUUUUUUACUGUAACACUAUUGCAAAUAAAGUAUCUAUUCAUAUUGCCAUAAAGUAA